AUGGUACGAACAAGAGCCACAGCUUCAGGAGCGAAUAACCCUCGCAACGAGGUGGGGGGUACAUCUCAUCAACAUACGGCUGAGAUGGAGGCUCGAAUAGCCCAAAUGUCUAGGGACAUGGAGGUCCUAACUCAGCAGAACAUCCGUUUGCAGAGGCGGCUGGCAGAUGAACGGGUUCCUGAAGUACCUGGAGGACAUGAAGAAGGAGAAAGCAACACCCUCGAGGAAGAAGACAAGGAGAGUAGAAGCCUCACGGAAAGAACUCAACCUGAAAACCGGUCUCGGCGAAUUGAAGGAGCCGUGAAUCCUCCUCCUAGUGAAGGGAUGGUGAAUCACCAUUAUGAAGAAAGAAGGCUCAACGAAGCCAUUGCCACGCUCGAUGAGAAGUAUGAAGAAAAUCCAACUGCCGAAAAAAAUUCAAAAUUCCUGCUAUUCAAAAUUCCGGCUAUCCAAACUUAUGCCGGGGUUGAAGAUCCUACUGAGCACCUGGACAACUACAAAACGCACAUGGAUUUGCAGGGAACUCCGCAAGAAUUAGCGUGCCGAGCCUUCCCGCUCACCUUGUCCGGUUCUGCUUGGGACUGGUUUCGAAAACUCCCACCGGGUUCCAUCACAAGUUUUGAAGAUCUCGGACGAAAAUUUAUUACCCAAUUCCUAGUUGGGUGCAAACGGAAGAAGCCGUUCGGUCAAUUAAUGGUGAUGCGGCAAAAGGGAGACGAAUCUCUAAAGGAUUAUGUGAUCUGGUUCAACCAGGCAAAGCUCAUGGUGGAUAACCUGACCGAGGAGAUGGUUUAUGCCGCUCUUUAUCAAGGAUUACGGGUAAAAGGGCCUCUCAUGUCCGAGAUUGCUCUCAAUCAUCUUGAGAAUCUGGCCGAUCUCACGGACGUGAUUGAGAAGUACGUUAAUCAGGAGGAAAUCCUUGCGGCUCUGAGGGAGUCCCACAAACAAAAGAUUGCGAAGUCAAGCAAUCUCGGCAAGAAGGAAAAAGCCGGGAAGGAAGAAAAACGGACCGAAACAAAAAAGGAGCCUGCGAAGUAUUACCAGUUUUCCAUAGAUGAAUGGACUCCUUUGAACUCUCCAAUUAACGAGGUACUGAUGGAAAUCAAGAGGGACCCACAGUACGAGAAGCCUUACCCGCUCCACAACAAAUACGUGAAAGAAGAAAACAGAAAUAAAUACUGCGCGUUCCAUGAUGCACGAGGCCAUGUCACCGAGGAAUGCCGAAAUCUCAGAAUCUUGAUUGAGAAGUUCAUCAAAAAUGGAAAACUACUCCGUUUUACUGUAGACAACCAGGGCCAGCCUCGGCAGAAUCAAGAGUCUCGCGAGCAUCAAGACAAAGAGUCGAGACAUAGAGAUCGCUCCCUUCAGAAGCACCGGGAAGUUUGUCGAGACAGGAGGAGGUAG